AUGUCUUCCAAGCAGGCUCUUGUCAAGAAACGUACGCAUAUCGAGUCUCUGCCCGCGGAGCUUGUCGCACGUAUCAUCUCUUCCAGAUACUUCAGCAUUUACGAGCUUAUCGGGCUCCUCGGAGUCUCUCGCCAAUUCUUCUACGCUAUCAUCGGUGACCCCACUCUUUGGACUACGUUAUACCUUUACGUUCGUGCGGAGCGGUGUCUGCCGUCAUAUUUUGCACUCCUCGACCUGGCACUUGAGCGCUCUGGAACCCGGACCUUGCGCUUGGGAAUCCGUGUGGAAUCAGAAUGCCCUCCCAACUUGAUACGCCAAGUUGCGGCUCGUGUUGUGCUAUCGGCCGACCGCUGGAACUCCCUGGACAUAAUUCCCAAGGGUACUGACCCAAACAAAGUCGUGCAAACUUGGGUCCACGAGCUCUGCAGCUUGGCCAGCCAGGGCAAAACCUCGCCCUUUACCGCUGUGAAGUACUUUGCCAUUGUGCCCACGCACCUGAAAGGUAAACACCGCUUCAGACUCGAUAUCGAGAACCACAAGCUGUCUCGGGCCUUCCCUAGGCUCCGAAAUGUGGAUUUCCAUAAUCUGGAGUUUCAUGCCCAAAAUCUGAUCAAUGGACUGGCCAACACUGGUACUUUGGAAUCACUUUUCAUUUACGGAAACGCGUACUCGGCCCCUGCAUUGAUGGCGCGAGACAUCCUGAAGCGUGCACCCGGCCUAAAGACUUUGGUUCUCAAUACGCAAAUUAUAUUCCCUAGUCGGAAUUCCACCUUCGAAACACCCAACGUCCUUCGACAGACCUCAGGCUUGAGUUCACUGUAUCUGGCAGGGCCCUUAUCUUUCUUGUGCGAUGAGCUUCGCUCCCUCCACCUUCCACAUCUACAAAAACUCGCACUUUUCCGGUAUCGCGGUGCCCCAAGCGGGGGCUCCUUGGUCGACGACAUCUUGUCAUUGGUAAACGAGUCAGGAUGCAGGCUCUACGACCUCACUGUCAACAAUAUCUCCUUCUCCAACGAAGACUUGGUCAGACUGCUCGUGGCUUUGCCUGAUUUGGUCGCCCUCAAGUUGACAUUCCCAGCUGGAGGCGCCAAUCACCACCUCUUCCGCAUGCUCCUAGACAGAUCCAGGACGGAAGCGGUCUUGCCCAAGCUGAAGGCGAUUCGUGUGGCCACGUGUCCCGACUACGAGGGUAAUGCAUACAAGUUUCCAACAAAUACUUGGGACGAGUUUGUUAACGACCCGAGGCGCCAGCCCGGCGGGGACUUGAGUACCCUUACAGAGGUUCAGUUCUCCUUUGGAAACCAGGAGGACAUGGAGCGUUUACAGAAUUGUAUCCCAAGCCCCUCAGAGGGAGACUCGGGCUUUUGA